UGGAUGCUUACCGUGCCGGGGCAUUAUGCCGUAAUCCUUCCUCGCUUUUCUGGAAAAACUGAAUAGCACUAGAAUCACUGACUCAAUUUUUGGAUCUCAUUUUCAUGACAAAGCGAUUGUUCCCCUUUUGCCUCCACUGUUGCUGUUUAUAAACGUGGGGAAAGCGGGGCGUAUAAAAGGGAGCGGCGAGGGGCCAGAGCCACAUCGAGACCGCCGGGGAACCACCACCAUCGCUUGACAUCACCGAGGCUUCCCCACGCAACACAUCCAAGAUGGGCAGGAUCGUCUUCUACGAGGACAAGAACUUCCAGGGCCGACGCUAUGAGUGCGACAGCGACUGCUCAGAUUUCCAUGCCUACCUGAGCCGCUGUAACUCCAUCCGGGUGGAGAGUGGGGCCUGGGUGGUGUACGAGAGGCCCAACUACAUGGGCUACCAGUAUGUUCUGACCAGGGGGGAGUACCCCGAGUACCAGCGCUGGAUGGGACUCAACGACCGACUCAGCUCCUGCAAGAGCAUCCACUUUACCAGUGGGACCUUGUACAAGAUGCAGCUCUAUGAGAGGGCAGACUUCGGGGGCCAGGCCUUCGAGGCCACAGAGGACUGUCCCUCCCUCCUGGAGAAGUUUCGCUGGAGGGAGGUCAACUCCUGCAAGGUCUUCGACGGCUGGUGGGUUUUCUACGAGCAUCCCAACUACCGCGGACGCCAGUACUUCUUGGAGAAGGGAGAAUACUGCAAACCUGGCGACUGGGGUGCCAGCAGUCCCACGGUCCUGUCCUUCAGGCGCUUCACUGAGUGAUUUACCCU